GCUGACGAAAAUAGACAUUUAGCCGGCUACAAUGUAGCCUACAUAUGUUAAAUGAAGCCUUGUGAAUGUGUGAAUCAAUUUAACUACGGAUGUAUUAGCCUAAUUUAUUUAUGUUUCAUUUUUCCUACCACAGAAGAAUAACCCCUCUUGUGAAGCUUCUCCUAAAAACAAUUCAUUAAUAAAUGCUGGAAAAAUCACAUCAGCCUAAAAGUGAAGAAGGCAGAGCUUAAGAAAGAAGAGAGAACAUGAAUGAACCCUGUCGAAUAAAACAAGAAGAUACUGAAGAACAAAGAGACCUACAGGGAAAAAUCAAGGACAGUGAUGAAAUCCCUGAAGCGGAGGAGAAACACAAAAUCAAAUCCGUAACAAAGUCUUCGGGCCACUCACCAAAAAGAAAAGGCCAAAAAACGUUCACCUGCUCUCAGUGUGGCAAGCGUUUCUUAUACAAACAGAGUCUGAAACAUCACAUGAGAAUCCACACGGGAGAGAAGCCGUACACAUGUGAUCAAUGCGGGAAGUGUUUCGCACAGAGAGGGGGUUUUAAAUAUCACAUGAAAAUCCACACGGGAGAGAAACCUUACACGUGUGAUCAGUGCGGGAAGUGUUUCACACAUGCCGACAGUUUUAAAUUACACCUGCGUUCUCAUUCUGGGGAGAGGCCUUAUUACUGUGACCAGUGUGGUAAAACGUUUAUUACGGUAGCAUCCCUGAAGAGGCACCUGAAAGUUCAUACACAGGAGAAGCCUUAUGUGUGUUCUCUGUGUGGAAAGAGUUUUAGUCAGAUGGGCGCUUUAAAUACGCACCAGAUAAGGCACAGCGGUGUGAAGAAUCAUAUGUGCUUCGAUUGUGGGAAAUCCUUCGUUAGAGAUGCUGAACUGAAACAGCACCAGAAAACUCACACUGGAGAAAAACCUUACAAGUGUUCACACUGCGACAAGACAUUCAGUCAAACGGGACAUCGGAAAAUACACGAGAGGAUCCACACUGGAGAGAAGCCUUUCUCAUGUGAGCAGUGCGGGAAGAGUUUCACACAUCCAAACACUCUUAGAUUACAUCUCCUUUCUCAUUCUGGAGAAAGACGGUAUAACUGCGAUCAGUGCGAUAAAACGUUUGUUAAGGCGGUAUGCCUGAAGGCCCACAGGAAAGUUCAUUUAAAGGAGAAACCUUACAAGUGUUCACUGUGUCUUAGGGGUUUUACUCAGCUGGGUGCUUUAAAAUUACACCAGAAAAGACACAGCGGCGUGAAAGAUUAUGUGUGCUUUGAAUGCGGGAAGACCUAUAUCACAAACGCUGAAUUGAAACUGCACCAGAGGACUCACACUGGAGAAAAACCUUACACUUGUUCACACUGUGACAGGAGAUUCAGUUGGUUAGCAUCUCUGAAAAUACAUGAGCGGAGCCACACUGGAGAGAAGCCGUAUCACUGCGCUUCGUGUGGGAAGAGCUUUAGUAAAUUAGCUUCUCUACACAGUCAUUCCAGAGGAAAAUGUCCAAUAGAUAAAAAGCUUCCUUCCAUUUCAGUCUUUCCUAACCAGUUGCAAUGAGUGUCUGGACAAAGAACCAUGAAAGUUUUCCCAAGUGAACAAGUGUAAGAUUCAGAUCAACAAAAAGAGGCUAUUGCAUAUUUAAGUGAGUCAUGUGUCUGAUAUAAAAAUAAUAUAAUUGUAAAUAUUAGAGGACCUUGUUCUUCAUCCUUCUUGUUCUUAUGUGCUUAGAUCAUCCCAUACUUUCCAUUCAAGUCUAUUUACCAAAUGCAGGUCCAAGAUACUGUGUUUCUACCAUAUAAUGCAAUAUGAUGGCAGGAGAAUGGACACAGUUCUGAUGUCUUGCUGUAAAUGUAGCCUACACAUACAUCUACAAACACAAGAUUAAUAAAGCAGUUUAUGUUUAAACUUAAUAUAUUGCUCUGUUUUUAACAGAUGGCUUACAGUAUGUAUAAACAGAAUUAUUGUAGACUACUAAUUUAACCAACUACAACACGAUAAGGCAACAUGACAUGCAUUAGAUUUUAGAUCUUAUCUAUGGCGUCCUCUGGUGACUGAUUUUUAUAAACUCGCUGUAAUAUGUCUGUAUGAUGCUUAAAUAGGACUCGCUUACAUUCCAGAUACAUUGGAUUUGAUCAAAAUGACAACCCUUACUUUACAGUCCUGUUAAAUAUUAUUGUUUUUGUAUGUGUUUUUACCAGGGGGGCAGGGUUUCAUAUUUUAUUGAAGCAACCCUGGGCGCCGCCAUUGGCUAGCGGACCCCCACCUGCUGUUAGCAUUCCAUGGACUCCCAAUCAUUUUGCCGUUACUUUGACAGCGAAUAACUUUACAUCUGAGGCGUUUAAAGACUCCAUUUGUCCAUUAUUUAUUUCUAAAGAAACACGAAAAUGUAUAAAAGGCCCCAUUACCUUGUAUCUUACGUUAUAGCCCCGUAGAAGCAGUUUUUGUAAAAAUAGUCUAACGAUUGCGUCAUAACUUGCGACUCUCGGACAGUAGAUAAAUUACCGUAUGGACAGGAGGAGAAGCUCGCAGGCAAUCUUUUACUGUCUAUGAGGCUAUCGGAGGGACGUGGAGGCAUAAAGUCAAGGGAGAAGCCAAUAGAGUCCAUAAAAGACACGGGACAAAAUUAUUCAACAACAUUUGCAAGAUUCGGUGGGCGAUUCAGAUUUCUCUUGGCACAGCGAUUAGAAGACUUACAGGUUGCUCACGUGACAUCUACGUCAUCAAGCUCAGCUUGAGUCUGCGCAGUUCGCCUGACCCCCAGGAAGUGCGUGCUUCUAAUUGACUUCACUUGUCUCCGUUGAAUCCAAUGGGGUCGCUGUGUCCAUUUAUUUUACUGUCUAUGGUUUUUACAAACGGAAUUCGUCUCGCGCUGAUGACGUCAUCGCGCAGUCCAUUGCUAGUCUUCUGAAGAUAAGGUUCGAGAUUUAUUUACACCGGUUUUUAUACAGACUAUGAUUUACACACACAGAAUGGAUAUAUUUUAGUUGGAUGAUUAAUAUAUAUAUAUGUCUCUUUUAUGUAGGUAAAUAUGACUAAAUUGACUCUGGAAACAUGGAAAUACUGCUUUGUUAUCACUAUUUUCUGUACAUACAAAAUAG